UUUUAAAAUAAAAUGAAAUGUCACUAUGAUGUCUUGUGUGUGGAACGCAAUGCUGAUGAUACGGAAAUUAAAAAAGCAUAUCGUAAGCUAGCUUUGCAACUACAUCCUGAUAAGCAUGUUGAUGAAUCUGAAAAAUAUACUCAACUUUUCCGAGAAGUACAAGCUGCUUAUGAAGUUUUAAGUGACAAACAAGAACGUGCGUGGUAUGACAAACACAGAGAGUCUAUUUUAAAGGGCAGUGAGGAUGUUGUAGACGAUGAUGUUGAUUUAAUGCAGUAUUUUAAUCCUUCAGUUUAUAGUGGGUAUGACGAUGGAGCAACUGGCUUUUAUACAAUAUUCAGAGAUGCCUUUCGCAAAAUAGCUGAGGAGGACGAACCUUAUUUGGAGGGAGAUAUAAGUGACUACAAUGUUCCGGAUUUUGGCAAUUCUCUCAGUGACUAUGAUGAUGUUGUUAAAUUAUUUUAUUCAUACUGGCUUGGUUAUUGUACUAAAAAAUCUUAUGUUUGGAAAGAGAAAUAUGAUUUGCGCCAAGCACCAAAUCGUCCCACCCAGAGGUUAAUGGAAAAAGAAAAUAAAAAAGCUAGAGAUGCUUGUAAGAAAAAAAGAAAUGAAGAUGUUCGAGCGUUAGUUUCAUUUGUACGAAAAAGAGAUAGACGAGUUCAGGCUUAUAUAAAAGAUCUUGAAAAGAAACAGGAAGAGCAAAAAAACAAUUUGUUAAAAAAAAUGGAAGAGGAUAAACGAAAUCGUAAUAAAAUACUAAAUGAUUAUAAAGAACAAGACUGGAUGGCAUUUGAUGAGUCUAAGCUAGAUGAUAUAGACUCACAUUUUGAUAAUCAUUUCGGAAUUACAAAACAAAGUAACCCUGAUGACAUCAGUAGUACAGGUGAAGAUGAGAUUGAAGCAUUUUAUUGUAUAGCUUGUGAAAAAACAUUUAAAAGCGAAAAAGCAUUAAGUAACCACGAAAAGUCAAAGAAGCAUAAAGAAAAUGUACAGCUUAUAAAAAAUGAAAUGGCUGAUAGCUUAACUUCAGAAGAAAGUGAAGUAGAUGGUUUAACAAAUGACAUUCAUAAAAUAAAUGUUAAAGAUUCUGAAGAAUGUGAUAUUGAUGGGGAUUCACCAUAUUUUCGAUUAAAUUCUCUAAGCCUACCAGCAAAUGUUGUUAAAUUGAAUAUUGUUGAGCGCAAACUCUCUCGAGAAAAGAAUGGGCCCAAACUUUCCCAUGAAAAUUCAGAAUGUGAAUCUGAAGUCCUUAAAAGUAAUAAUUCUGAUCCGAUUAAAAACCGACAAAGAAAUAUAUCUGAAAAUGACAUUAAUGAUGAUGAUAUUGACGAAAUUGAAUGGAUUGCUAGAAUGGCCUCAUAUACUGGCAAUAGUUUUAUAAAUCCUGUCAAUUUUACUGAAAAAAAUAAAAAUUUUAAUACCGAAACCGAUGCGGCAGCAAAAGCUUAUCUUGGAAUUAGUUCAAUUACCGAUUCUAUUAAGAUAUCUAAAAGUCAAAGACAAUCAAAAUCUAACCGUAAAAAAAAGAGAGAAAAGCUACCAAAUGAAAAAGAUGGAGAAGAUGGUAAACAUGAUAGCGUGUUUUUAGUAGAAGUGAAUGGAGAAAAUUUACUCGAAACAGAGAGUAAUCCACAUAAUGAUGGCUCGCUUAAGAGUCACUCGUUAGAUUCACUACGGUAUAAUAAAGACAAAAUAGAACAUCGAGGUAAAAAUAAACUUUUACAAAAAAGUUUAUCCGAAGAAGCUGAAUCACAGGUAGUAAAACUUAAAAAAACAGACUCGCCUAAAAAAGACAAAAAUAAAAACGGUGAAGACGAUGACGUUAAUGACACUUUAAAAUGCCAAACUUGUAAGAAAGAUUUCCCUACAAGAAAUAAAUUAUUUAAUCACAUCAAAGAGGAAGGCCAUGAACUUUUAAAAGUUAACGUUAAACGUAAAAAAAAUAAAAGGAAAGAGUAGUGAUUAUAGUUCUUUUAGAAUAAAAAUCUUAACUGUUACCUUUUUUUUUAAAUUUGUUUAGCUAGUUUUACCAAUGACCUUAACUUGUUAUGACAUUUUUUAGUUACUAUAUUCGAAAGUCUUGAAAGUCUUGUUGCGAUAUUUCCACGUAGACUUUUCGAAAAUUAUAGUUGCCGAAAACCAGUAUAAAAAAAUUUAUUGUAAUCUUAGGUUACAUUUGAAAGACCCAUUUGUCUUUAUUGA